UACGAAAUAUACAAAUUAUUAAUAUCAUUACAUAACUCAAUGUUUACGAUAUUUAGAUUUUCAGUAUGCAAAAAAGAUAAUCUGUUCCCGUUAUAUGAAUCAGAUUAUCUCCAUUGAUAUGAAAUUCCGCGUCACAAUAAUUGUUAUAGCGACAAAAUGUCAAAUUUAAAAGAGCGCCAUUUUAUGUUAUCGCGAGAGAUGUGGUUUAUUGUAUAUUGUAUACCUUUAUGAAACUCUGUAACGUGACUAUUAACUUCUUCUAUUCGAUAUUCGAAAACACAAGGUUCUUUCCUCGAAUGCAAGUUUAACAUGGAGGAGUAAACUUCUGAAAUUCUUGAGUAAAUUGUACUCGUAGCUAUUGUAUUUCGAAAACAUUAAAUUCUGAGGAAAAAUAGAAGGUAAUAAUGGCUUUGCACAGUGUGCCCCCUAAAAGAAAAGAAAUCUACAAAUACGAGGCACCAUGGCCUCUCUACAGUAUGAAUUGGUCGGUAAGACCUGAUAAGAGGUUUCGUUUGGCCCUUGGUAGUUUCGUAGAAGAAUAUAACAACAAAGUGCAAAUAGUUUCUCUCGAUGAAGAAACAUCAGAGUUCAGUGCAAAAAGCACUUUCGAUCAUCCUUAUCCAACAACAAAAGUAAUGUGGAUACCAGACAGUAAAGGAUUGCUGCCAGAUCUUCUAGCUACAUCUGGUGAUUACUUAAGAGUUUGGAGAGCUGCUGAGCCAGAAACUCGUUUGGAAUGUGUUUUAAAUAAUAAUAAAAAUUCAGACUUCUGUGCUCCUCUUACAUCCUUUGAUUGGAAUGAAGUGGAUCCAAAUUUAAUCGGCACUGCUAGUAUAGAUACAACAUGCACGAUUUGGGGUUUAGAAACAGGUCAAGUGUUAGGAAGAGUGAAUAUGGUCACAGGACAUGUUAAAACACAAUUGAUUGCACACGACAAGGAAGUGUAUGAUAUAGCAUUUAGUCGAGCUGGGGGUGGACGAGACAUGUUUGCAUCUGUUGGAGCUGAUGGUUCUGUCAGGAUGUUUGAUUUAAGACAUUUAGAACAUUCUACAAUAAUUUAUGAGGACCCUCAACACACACCACUCUUAAGACUUGCAUGGAACAAACAGGAUCCAAAUUAUCUAGCGACAGUAGCUAUGGAUGCUCGUGAAGUGAUCAUUUUAGAUGUUCGUGUUCCAUGUACACCAGUUGCCAGAUUAAAUAAUCAUAGAGCAAGUGUAAAUGGUAUAGCUUGGGCACCACACUCCUCUUGUCACAUAUGCACAGCUGGUGAUGAUCAUCAAGCAUUAAUUUGGGACAUACAGCAAAUGCCAAGAGCUAUUGAAGAUCCUAUUCUAGCUUAUACAGCAGCAGAAGGAGAGGUGAAUCAAAUUCAAUGGGGUGCAACCCAGCCUGAUUGGAUUGCAAUUUGUUACAACAAAGCUGCAGAAAUUCUCAGAGUAUAAAAAAUGUAUUUUCUAAUAGGUUCGCAUCUUCAUGUAAAAGAGUUUUUUGACGAAUUGUUACACAAAUUCGUUAGAUCGUUUCAUUUGAAUAUUCCGUAUGGAUUUGUCAAUUCAUCAUACAUUUUCUCAUUUCUUUUUGUACCUGUAAAAUAAGCAUGUACAAAUACUAGUUAUUUUUAAAGGAUGUAAAAAAAUUAACAUCGGAAAUGCUUAUCUAUCGAAAGAAUUAUAAAAACAUUUGAGAAAGUAACACUUUGAUACAGUUCAAAUAGACUUAUGAAUUGAAAUUUUCAAAUUGAAUAUGACUGAACUGAUCUAAAAAUAUCGAGUAUGUGUACAUGUUAACUGAACGAUAAUGCAGUGUAUUAUCAUUGUGCCACUGGUAUUUAUGUACGUAUUUAAGAUUCUCAGGAUUAUCAAGCAAAUGUACAUGUGAGCGUGUGAAAUAACAAUACAAAUACACGUAGAAGCUCAUUGGAUGAUAACUGAAAUAGUAGUGUAAUAUUUGUAUAAGAGGAAAUUUCAGUCAUCAGUAGAUGUGUUCCGAGGACACGGCAUAUAGAGACUGACGAAUCACAUGUAUAUUAUCGUAAUGUAAAAUUAACGUGUUCGAGAUAUUCCAUUUGGUGAUCAAUUCAGGAAACUCGAAGCAGAUUGUGUUAUUUAGAAUCCUUCCGUGAAAUAAAUCGAAAUGAAAUAUCUCGAUUGCGGCAUGACUGUAUAUAUGUUUAUAUUUCCAUAUUUACAUGAUUUUUUUAGAAAAUCAUAGAAUAUAACAAUAGACUUUUCCAUAAUCUCCAAAUUCAAUCAAUAUAUUUGUAUUAAGCGAAAAUUAUAUCGUAGCAACCAAGCGUGUGGGUAAUCAUGAUUUAAUAAGUGGGGGAUGCAACAGUAAAUUCUUUUAUUACAAUGACAAAUAUUAUAGCGGUAGUAUUGGUGAUACUAGAAUUAGCGAAGAAAUCAACUUAUGUGAUAAUAUAAUUACAUACUUACGAAAAGUUUUCAAUGAACCUUAAAACGUAAGAUUGUAUCAUGAACUUGUAAUUAAAGGUAGUUUUUUUAUACAUAAAUUAUUUGAAUUAACAUUAAGACAAUUCAAUGUACCAAUAAUCCAUGCUUUCAUUAGAAAUCAUAAUUUCCAUAGCGAACAUAUAUGAUAGGAUUACAAUCAAUACACUUUCAAUCAAUAUUUAAAAAAGAAAAACAAAUUUUAUAUUAUUGUUCGAAGUAUCAUAAUUUACAGUUAACAUAAUAUGGGCGAUAUGCAUUAUUUACAAUAAUGUAAUGCGAGUAUAUGAGUCAGAAAAUUAGUCAAUCAGUUAAAUUAAAUUCUUGCAGUAAUAUCAUGUUUUCAAUCAAACAUCUGACGACUCCACGCAGCUGUAAGAUUAGCAUUAUAUACUACUGCUAUUUUAAUAAAUAUUAUUAACUCUGA